AUGCUUUCACCAUUGGUUUCUUGGAUUUUGUCAACCUCGUCAUCUUCCUCUUCAUCAUCCGAAGAAGAAGAAGAAGAAAGCCUUGACAUUAACAAUGACGAUUCAGACAAUGAAAAGUUUGACAAUGACAAUGUUGAAGACCAAAUGGACAAUGUGGAUGAUGACGAAAAGGACCAUUUUCUAUGUCCAUACAAUGUGGAUGAAGACCAAAUGGACAAUAUUCCCAUUGCACUUGCCGUUUCUGAUGCAUCCCCCGUUGUGACGGUGGCCAUGGCUGCCCCCGCAGAUGACACAAACGCGGCAACAAACACAGCCACCACCUCGGCUACUACCACUAUAACAACACGCUCAAAACGACAAUAUAACAAAAAGUAUUCAGACGGAGUUAAACAAUAUCAGAGGCUAUGGACGAAGCAGGAUGAGAUUGAACUGUUGAAGGGAUAUCUAGAUUACAUUAAACAGCAAGGAAGAGCAAAUACUACUAUUCAAAGCGGCGUAGCUUCAUUCUAUGAUCAAGUUAUUCCCAAAUUCAGCGUGGAAUUCAAUAGGAACCAGCUUGUUGAGAAGCUACGUAGGUUAAAAAGGAAACACAAGAUGACUUUGGACAAAGGCAAAGAGGUUCAGAUUUCUUUCAAAAUCCCCCAGGAACAAGCCAUUUUCGAAAUUUCCCACAAGAUUUGGGGCAAUGACACGGACCAUGACGUUUUGGAUGUUGAUGAUUCAAGACCUGUUCCUGAAAGUCCUGAUCUUAUUGAGAACAUUAAGUUGAAGGCGGAAGAUGUUGACAAUUGUGAAGAAACAGAUAAAAGGGCACACAAGCGUGUGAGGUUAACAACAGAUGAUGUAAACUCAAAAAAUUAUCAGAGCAAUAGCGAUGCUACUAGUCUACGGGGCUUCAUUGAAGAAACCAUGAAGUCUUGUUUCUCACCAUUGUUGAAGGAACUGUUGGAUGAUGUUCCAGUAGAGCCACCCGGUGCGUUGCCCAUGUUGUUAUCGACAGGGGAAGUGAGGGAUGAAAAAUGGUUAAAACGGAGGAUUUUGGAGCUGGAAGUGUAUUUGAAUCGGUUGGAAUUGUUGCAGGGUCAAAUCAAGGCUAGGUUGGAGGAGUUAAAGUCUAGCUUAGAUUGA